AUGGCGAAUGGAUGUUGCUCUAAUAGAUUAUGUACUGAUCGAGAAACACAGCUACAUUUAGCACGUCUUCGUGAAGAACUAUUAACAAAUUUCAAUAGUUUGCUAUUGGAUCGAAUUCGUUUUCUUGAACAAACAAUUACUCGUCUAUCAUCGCCAUCAUCAUCAUCAUCGUCAAACGUGCAAAUAGCAGCAGCAGCAACAGCGGCGCCACCACCAACACCAGUUACGCCUACGUCUAAAAAUUUCAUUGCAGCGCCUGUACCUAUAGAUCGACUUUCGACGCCGUCACCACUUCGGCGUAGUUCAUCGACAACAACGUAUUUUCUGUUGAGCCCAUCUAAUCAAAACUCGAGCGGAAAUGGAGGAGGUGCCCGUUCAUGUCCAUCAAGUGUUGAUUUGUCAAGUAGUAGCGAUCGAAGCGGGAAAUUUUUUUCAUCAAAAAAACGUUCACAAUCACGAAUAAGACAAUCAUCAGAGAGUAAUGCGAAUUACUUAUCGAUACCUAUGAAUGCACCAUGGUCUACAUUUACACAUGAUCUCGUAUCGAAUACUCAUGCGGGUAAUGAGAAAGGACGCCUAGAAUCAAGGCGCUUCGCAUGCGAUGUUGACGAUAAUGAAGUGCGUGCGUUCAAAGCGAUGAUAUAUAUGGAGCAGGCCCGGAAACAACACGCACGACCAUUAACUCGCUUACGACAAGCAUUGGGUAUAUCAACGAAUUCUACUGCAGCAAAUUAUACAUUGAACAGUUCAAAAAAGAAUUCAAACCCUUGA